AUGAAGAUCGUACUGAUUCUCCUGGAAAUCAUUGGGCUUCUCUCAAACCAGGCUUGGUCACAAGAUGUUUACAAACGCUUUCACGUGGAGCAAGGGUCUGGUCCUAUCACACGGACUGGAAACCUUGGCGGAUCCUGUGAUGGUGUCGAUGUGGAAAAGGGAUUUGACAUAGCGAAGGUGUAUAGAGAAGCCAUUGACAUGGCAUCUGUUGCCCUCAAGGCCCUCGACAAUUACGAUUCCGAUGCAACAGUCAGAUCAAACCUAUUUACGUGGUUUGGAAUCGAGGAGAAUGUUGCAACUCAUACAGUUGCAGCGUCAAGUGUUGAUCGUUUCAACACAGUGCAAGAAAACUACGCUGAGCUUGUCGAACAGUCUGAACAAGAGGAUGACGGAGCGGAGGCACGGAUAUUCUGCUCAGAGAAGUGGCGUUGGAAAACCCGAUGGGUAUACAACGAAGAGACAGGGGAAAAAACAGGGCAACUGUUGAAAGUCAAUCCAAACUUCGACUCCGAAUGGGAUUACUGGUCCCCCAGGUUCAAAAGCUAUAGUGGCGAUCGAGUCAUGUGCGGACCUACCACUUUUGGGUUUACAUCAUUCGAGGAAAGGUCUUCGAUCACAUUCUGCCCUCUAUCAUUCCAAUGGGCCUCUCGAAAGCACUCAUUGAGUGAGUGGAGGAGUGGCGAACGAACGAUCCCGCAGGGAAAGAACAUGCAAUUCAUGGUGUCGACACCAGGUAUACUUUUACACGAGCUCAUGCAUAUGUGGAGUGGUGCUGAAGAUCAAAGCUUCAUUGAUCCUCAUGAUCAAAAAUCCAAGAAGGCAUAUGGUGCUGUAUUGACGGGUGAACUGGCAUCGGUGGAUCCAGACAAGGCAGCCGACAAUGCAGAUAACUUUAUGUGGUUUGCCAUAGCUAGUUAUCUUUCCCAGUACGACUGGUCGCGUGUUGUUAGCGCCUCACGAACUCGAGUUGCCGGCACUACUAGUCGUUCUGUCUUCCGGAAACGGACACAUCGGAGGCACAAUUCCCAUCACUCCCAUCACUUCGCUAAUAUCGAGGCAUGGGGGGAUGAUAUGUGA